AUGGAUAUGUCAAAUGGAAAUGGAUCACCAUCUUUCCGUGCUCAGUCGGCCGGGCUGACUAGAACUCAAGAUGACGACAGCAAUCAAUCCUCUCUUGUCGAAAUGAGCAACACGUCCGGCGGGUCUCCUUUCGACAGUCGUCUCAUGGCGGAUGAUAGAAAAAGCGAAGGCAGUUUUGGCAAGGAAUCACAACCACCAAAGAUGAAAAAAGCCAGAAAGAAUCCAAAGAAGAGAGCUACUUUCCUGAACACCGGUACAAGUGCCAACGAAAGAUCACAAGAGAGGAGAGAAGGUCAUCGUAGCGGAAACAACCUCAACUCGAAGAAAUACGAGGGUUUUCGGCGAAUGGAGACAGCAACGAUCCGACAUGAGAAAAAGCCUAAUCUGACUGCCACAAAUAUACUUUACCCAUCCUUUUGA